GCCGACCUCAUCCUCCUGUGAUCUCCUGGAAAGAGCUGGUAAACAAUUUGUGCACGAAAGAUAACUAGUUAACAACGACUUAUUCUCCUCCUCUGUUCACCCCGCUGCAGAACGCGGUGCGCUUGCCAACCACACGGCGGCUAUUUUUGGAUCUACUCCCCUCAGGGAUUGAAAGGCGGGGAACAGAUCACAGCUCCCGGUGUUGGAAAGUAGCACAGUCGAGGGUAAAAGCUUGGAUUAAACUGAAGCUAGUCUUGGGCAUCAGGUUUUAGCAUCCUUCACGUUCGGCUCCAUCGAUUGACAGACAUUCCUCUUCCAUCCUCCUCAUAUUCCUUUGUCUGACUUGUCUCUGGGUCAACUGCCCAUUCCGAACUCUUAAUGCCCUGUGAUCUGUUCACGCUUCCAGUGCCUUCCGUCUCAUCUCUCCCUUCGACCGGGUGGGAACAUAUUGCAUAACAACAAUCCUUCACAGUUUACCAAAGAAACUGCACUCUAAAGCAAUAUAAGCCUGGUUUUUACAACUGGAAAAUAGGUGGCACCACAUAUAGAUAUCUGCAAUCUAUUUGGCAGAGGAGAAGGAAUAGUAAGGUUUGGAGGGGCAGUCUGUCAUCUAACAUUAUAACACUACAGGUCGAGAACCGAACGCAAUGGUUCAGCCAGGGGCCCAAGGGGGUUCGAGAAAAAUCUCCUUUAAUGUGUCGGACCAAUAUGAUAUCCAAGAUGUCAUUGGCGAGGGAGCUUAUGGUGUAGUCUGCUCUGCCUUGCACAAACCAUCCGGACAAAAGGUCGCAAUCAAAAAGAUCACACCUUUCGACCAUUCUAUGUUCUGCUUGAGGACAUUGCGUGAAAUGAAGCUGCUUCGAUAUUUCAACCAUGAGAACAUUAUUUCCAUUUUGGAUAUCCAGAAGCCUAGAAAUUAUGAGAGUUUCACAGAAGUCUAUCUCAUUCAAGAGCUCAUGGAGACUGAUAUGCACCGUGUUAUUCGCACUCAAGACCUUUCAGAUGACCAUUGCCAAUAUUUCAUCUACCAAACACUUCGCGCUCUGAAGGCUAUGCAUUCCGCAAAUGUCCUUCAUCGUGACUUGAAGCCAUCCAACUUGCUCUUGAACGCGAAUUGCGACCUGAAGGUCUGCGACUUUGGGCUUGCGCGUUCCGCUGCUUCCACGGAUGAUAAUUCUGGAUUUAUGACAGAAUAUGUUGCCACUCGGUGGUAUCGCGCUCCGGAGAUUAUGUUGACUUUCAAAGAGUACACUAAAGCUAUAGAUGUUUGGAGUGUUGGCUGUAUUUUGGCUGAAAUGCUGAGCGGAAAGCCAUUGUUUCCGGGCAAGGAUUAUCAUCAUCAACUGACUCUGAUUCUUGAUGUCUUGGGAACACCAACCAUGGAGGAUUACUAUGGUAUCAAGUCUCGCCGUGCUCGAGAAUAUAUCCGAUCGUUGCCUUUCAAAAAGAAAAUUCCCCUGAAGGCGUUAUUCCCUAAGACAUCCGACCUCGCCUUAGACCUUCUUGAGAAGCUUCUCGCGUUUAAUCCGGUCAAGCGUAUUACUGUCGAAGAAGCCCUUCGCCACCCAUACCUUGAACCAUAUCACGAUCCAGAUGAUGAGCCCACCGCGGAACCUAUCCCUGAAGAGUUUUUUGACUUUGAUAAGAAUAAGGAUUCGUUGAGCAAGGAGCAACUUAAAGUCCUUAUCUACGAAGAAAUUAUGCGAUAA